GAUAGAUGAAUAAGAAAAGCUCUAUUCCCCUCUCUUCUUGUGUCUCUACUCAUACUCUUAUGUAUGUUCCUCUUCCUUGUUAUUUCAUAACACGUUAUCAGCACGAAACUCUGUCAAAGUAAUGGUUGGUCAUUGUCUCUCUACAUAAUCAAAUAUACUUGAGUAAGAUCACACACGAUCAAUGUAUGCAAAUUUUCAUGCCAUUUCUAGUUAGUAUGUUUAUCUAUCUCAUUGUAUUUGAGAGAUUAUUUGAUCAUGUUAUUUGUUCAUAUUAUUUUAUGAACUUAUUUAUAUAUGUUGAUCUCGUAACAUAAAGUUUGUGCUUGGACAUUAUCAGAUAAUGAAAAUUGCUCUUGUAGUAGCAAAAUCAUUAUGGGUUGACUUAUCGAUUGCUACAUUGGACAUAUAGAGAAAUGAAAAUCUAUAUGUGCUCCUGAAGUAACAAUAUUAUCGUAGAGGUUUUAUAAAGUGUAAGUUAAUCUCUUGUUUGUUAAAGCUGAAAAGUGUAUUGGACUUGUGAUGAGAAAUAUUAUAUAAUUUGAUCCAAAGGCUGUUGUUUCAUUCCCGAAAGCGAAUGAAACAAACCAUUCUGAAAAGUGAAUGCCGUGAGACACACCAUUAUAUAAAUAUAAUUUGGUGUUUGAAUAAGGACAAUCAACAAAUUUAUCUUUUCACCGGAAGUGAAAGAUAAAAUGAUUAUAAAUGAGGAUGACCAACAAUUCAUGUAGCAAAAGUCAUGAUCAUAUAUCGUAACCUUCGUAUGUCAAAUGUGUUAUGAAACACAUAUAUGUUAUUAUUAUUAUUAUUAUUAUUAUUAUUAUUAUUAUUAUUAUUAUUAUUUAUGUUUUUGUAUAGAAUGAAUAUUCGCGAAAGUGAGUACUGGUAUUAUAUCAUAUAGUAUGAAAGUAAGCAAAAGCUCCAGAAGAGAUUGUGUUUUGUUACUUGAAGUAACUAAACAAUAUAUUGGUAAUAUUUGUAGACACCACAUUUUGUCCGGACAAGCAUUCUACUCAAAAUCCUAAAGCAAAAAAUAUAAAGAAAAAUUAGAAAGAAAAUUAGAAGUAAAUUGAUUGAGAAUAGCAAUGAUGGGUCAAUGAGUACCAAUAAAUAUCAAAUUCUCUUUCUAGUAUCAUAUGAGUUGAGACUAGCAUUGGCAAGUGAUGAACACUCAAUAAUUACCAACCUAACUUAUGCUAAGGUUGAUUUAGUUAAGACAUAAUCGAUUUAGUAAAGAUUAGCAGUGACAAUUCUUAAAUACCAAAUGGACAAUUGGAUGAAAGAAAUAAUAAUGGUUAGAAGUAUGAAUGUUUGCAUUAAGGUGUAAGGUCAAGGUCUAAUAGGUGAAAUGAGACAAGAGAAUAGAGGCAUAAAAAAAGGAAAAAAGAGAGUUUUAUUAUUAGAGUUAUUUCAUUGUACGACACAAGGAUAAUGACGCUAAACAAAGGAAGAUUUCAAGUUCAUUACAAUCUGAUAAUAAAAAAGAGAUGAAACUCAUUACAACCAAUCAGAUAAGCCUAUUUUAAUCGAGGUCACUUUUUCUCCUGCCUCUGGGCCCAAACGAGAUUAGCAACCUACAUAAUAAAAGCAGAUCAGUUAGUAGAGACUCAGCUAAAGCCCAAGUCCAAGCCCAAACUCAGAUUCAAAGUAUGGCCCAAGGUUCAAAACAUGCUAAUUCUAGCCCAUAGUUCGGGCCCAGAUGUGAAGAAACCAAAUCGGGCGCAACUCGGCCUAACUCGGCCCAACCAUAACCGAUCCAGACCAAUUCAGUCUGACCAUAUCUUAUCUAGCCGACCUCAACAGGAGGGCACACUUUUCAAAGUCGGAAUAAAGAAAUGCUCGAAUCAGAGAGCUACAUGUGGCAGUUUGGUUUGCUUUAAAAGAGCUACUUUAGGAGCUCAGAUAUCGUCCACCACUUGGGUUUUGGAGAACGGAUCAGCCAAUGGCCCAGAUCUGUUGCACACGCAAUGGACGUCCCGGAUCCGUUGAUCACUUUAGUUAGUGGACCGUGGGACUGAAUGACUAAACGACUAUACCAUGUGUCUGAUUUGUCUCCCCACGCGCCAGAGAAAGAGGGAGAUCCAAAUGUCUAUCGUUUCCAAAAUUUUGAAACUGAAAAUUUCUUUUAGAACUUCUAAUUUAAAUCCCUAAUUUCCUAAAUUUGAACCAAAUCCAAAAUUCAAAAUUUGAAACCAAAAUUUGAAUUUUGAGCGAUUGACGAUAAGUUUUAGAUUUCCCUGAUUCACUACAUCCAUUCGCUCUCUCUGUCUCUCUACCCCCUGUUUCUCUCCAUCUCAUGUAGAUCGUUCAUCUUCCUCCGCUCCGUCGUCCGUCUCUGCACUGCCGCCUCAUUCUCUCUACCUCUACCGCUUGUCUCCCUACAUCCCAUGGAGAUCCUCCUUCGCUCCGCCCUCUCGCCAGUCGUUGUUGGUCCGGCGAGACUACUGACGCGGCCCGUAUCCUCUGCCCUCCACCAUAUGUAUCCAUCGAUCUCGAAUCUUCAGGUAAUUCAUCCUCAGAACCUGAUCUAGCAAGACAGAUGUUAUAUUCCCCGAUUUAUGUGAUUGAUUUUUGGAAAUUUUCUUCCUUUUCGUCUUCUCAAUUUAUAUAUAUGUUUGGAAUUAUCUUCUCUAAAAAUGAAAACCUCGGAUGCUACCUUAAAUAUACAUUUUAUCUUUGCGGAAUAUAUUUUAAUGUCCGUUGGAAUACAUUUUCGUCAUUAUAUUGUCAUAUAUGGUUACCUUGCCAGUGCUAUAAUGCAACAUUGCAUGGCUAACCUUGUAGAACCCAUGAGAAAGCACAAUAGCAUUAUGGCCCAUAGUAUGGGCAAUGUCAACCUUUUCCAAUCAAAAUGUCCCCAAAGUGGACAUGUGAAACUAGUCCACUUAGUUUCUGGAGUCGUUUGUUACUUCUUCUUUUCACUGACGACCUUUGCUCUUAGGUCAUAGCUUCCUUUGUUUUUCUCUGCCUUUGAGUAAAGUUCUGGAAGCAAGAUGUUUUGCUCAUGCAUCAAGAUCCUUGCCGCAAUUCUUGCUCGUAUGAAGUUUAGUUGGUCUCGAUCUUCCCACAAUUUUUUUUGCUCUUCUGUGUAGUGUCCCUCAUAUUGUUCCAUGAAGUUGCAGCAGAACACACCGCAGUUGUGGGUAUCUUGCUGCUGUGGACAAUCUAGAACUUCCCAUUCAAAGCUUUUGAAACUCUCCUUUCCAUUAAGUUUUUUGAUGAAGGUGGUCCCAUAGGUAAUAACCCUCUAGCUGAGUGUUUGGCAUUUGGUUUGGAGACUAUCUUUGUAUGCCAUGUUGUCCAAGCACACAUACUUCCGUCUCACUAUGUCAAUAGCGAAGCAGAAAUAGUGUUUGUCAAUAUGCACUUGGAAGAAGAACUGAAGCAAGGUAUCAACAUUAUGGUUAGAGUCAUGUUCAUAGCUAGUUAGUAAUAUCUGACAAGGCAACAUGGUUUCUCAUAGUGUACUCACGUAUGCACAGUCAGCGAAGUCCGCCUCGGUCAAGGACGGGGUACAUUUGAACCGUUUCAUCAUUCUCUCACAAUGCUUUGCUAGAAGUGGCUCGUCGGAGAUGGCCUCACUUUCCAGGUAUUUCCUUGCAUGAUCCUGUAGAGAAAUACAGAGGCCAUCGAAUGAGUUCAGUUAUAAUCUAAAGUUGUUGCUAAUUUGGAUUAAAUCUGUACAGUUUCCUACAGCUACAAAUGUAUCGAAACAGUAUCUCGUGAUUUUUUUGUUUUCUGCCACAUUGUUGGAGUUUAGCCAGUGGGCAUAGGCAUUGAUGAAAUUUGUGCACAAUUCUUUUUUCAGCCUCAGAUGAUACAACUCCCACUUCAUGACAGUUGACAUUGCGGACUUAUGCACAACUACAUCUCUUCAAAGGGCAUUCGUUUGUAAGAUGGGUUAGCAUUUGACAACUGCGAAUUAAUCCUUGCACAUAUCAACAAAUAGUACUGCUACUGACCGUUCUUGUUCAAAGUCCGACAAAGCGAACUCGACCAAAAGAACUUCUUCACUAGUCAUCCUACUCUUUGUUUCCUUGGCAACCUAGAUUCCACUCGACGCCAUCUUCCAAUCCUACUAUCCCCCUCGAACUUGUAAUCUUCUAUGUCUUGUCCAUAGUUUUGAUAUGUCUCGACAUCAACCAUUUUUUCUUGACCUGAAAUGCCAAAAGUUCUCGAAAAGAAAGAAUAGUCUAACAUAGCAUUCCCAUGUUCAUGUCAUAAUGUGAUAAAGUGUAUGUAACACCCUGGUAUUUUAGAUUUAGGUUCGACCUUACUACGUGAUCGGUUGGAUUGACGGUUACAUACAAAGAGUUACAACCGCGGAUUAAGAAUAAUAAUAUUAUAACAUUAUUAUAAUAUUAUUAUUAUUACUUUAUUCUUUAAAAAAAACCAAUAACUCGCCCAAGGGGCUGAGCGGCCCACUCCCCCCCUCCCCAUAUUAUUUCCCCGCAGGAAAAAAAAUCUUUCCCCAUCAGGUUUCCCCAACAACGACGCGGAGAAGAAAGAAGAAGAAGAAGAAAAAAAAAGGGAAGAAGAAAAGGAGUCGCCGCCUCCUUGUUCUCGACCCCGACCCCAUCCCUUUCUAUCUAGCAGUGACGUUGAGGGUUCGAUCAGCAAGGAGAUCAACGUCCUAGGUCAUCCAACCUAGGCCUAGGCACGUUCUAGAGGUAAGGAAACUCGAUUCCUUUGAGUUAGAUCGAUUAAUUUGGUGAUUUUUCGUGAGGGUAGAAUUCUUGGGUUUUAGCAACAGGCUUUACAGGCUUUUAGUGACAGAUUUUGAUUGGUCACUAAAGCUGCUGAGAAUUUCCAGAAACGGAUUUUUAGAUGUUUUAAAUUGUUUCAAGCCUCUCUGAAGGGUUUUUUCUAGAUCUAACAAUUUUAUAAAUUGUGCGACGUCUAGGAGAUGGUUGUAAUCUAAUUUGGUAAUUUUUGAAGAUGUAUUUCUAGUUUUAGAAAUUGUUCGAAUAUAUUUUUUAAUUAAAU